UAGUUCUUCACUACGCAGCCCAACGUGUCCCUGUUCUGUUGACUGGGAAGCCCCUAGCGCGGAGCUGCCAACGCCCGGCGUAAAGACACAAAUAGAGGAUACGAUCUUGAAUGAGUAGUGAAGACUAAAACACAGCUAUGCAGACCAUCAAGUGUGUUGUAGUUGGGGACGGUGCUGUGGGUAAAACCUGCCUGCUCAUCUCCUACACUACAAACAAGUUUCCCUCUGAAUAUGUACCUACGGUGUUUGAUAACUAUGCUGUAACUGUAAUGAUUGGAGGUGAGCCCUACACUCUGGGCUUGUUUGAUACAGCAGGUCAGGAAGACUACGACAGGUUACGACCUCUGAGUUAUCCCCAGACAGAUGUCUUCCUCGUCUGUUUCUCUGUCGUGUCCCCCUCCUCUUUUGAAAACGUCAAAGAAAAGUGGGUUCCAGAGAUCACCCACCACUGUCCAAAGACCCCCUUCCUGCUAGUCGGCACUCAGAUUGACUUGCGGGAUGACCCAUCCACUAUAGAGAAGCUGGCAAAGAACAAGCAGAAGCCCAUCACUCCGGAGACAGCCGAGAAGCUGGCAAGAGACCUCAAGGCUGUGAAAUAUGUGGAGUGCUCAGCCCUCACGCAGAAAGGCCUAAAGAAUGUGUUUGAUGAGGCGAUAUUGGCUGCAUUGGAGCCCCCAGAGCCCAAGAAGAAGCGCAAAUGUGUGCUGCUAUGAGAGGCUCCUCGCUUUUUCAAAUCGCACACACAUAAAACACACACACACAUCUUAAAUACAUACACACAUGCUCCCCCCUUCCCCCCCCCCCCCCCCCCCCCUGCCCCACACCCCCUUCCCUUGCUCUGCUAAGGCUGGUUGACAGAGUUGUCCUCCACAGGGAAGACUAGAAAGAAAACAGCCUACCAAGUUUCAGAUAAUUCUCUGCAAUAAUAAGAAGUUUCACCCUCCCCCCCAAGUCUGAGUUUGGGACAGAAGAUGAACCUAACCUGGCCAACAGGCCGCUGCGGGCUCCGGGCAGGGUGGCAUUGACUCGGACGGGGAUCCAGACAUCAAGCUUACUCACAAGUAGAAUCCAAGUCAUGUCGAGCUUUUGAUAGAUUGAUUUUUAAUUCAGUCGAUGUUGUGGCCUAAUCAACCUGCAGAUGCCCCAACCAUUUAGUUGUCCUCAGCCAAUGUAAAGGUUUCACGGAUAAAAAAAAAAAAAAGCACCCGCCCCCCCCAGCCCCUCCCAGCCGUCUGAUUGGUGGCUGCUCACGCUGCUGGUCCUGUCCCCUCUUGUUGACGAGCACACUCAUCGACCGACCCCUAUGUUCUCUCUCAGCACUACCAGAAGAAACGCUAACAGAGUAGUGUUUUUUUUUUUUUUUUUUUUUGGUUUGCCAACACCCUUUUUCUCCUCAAACACAUAACAAGUCUGAGAUAUAUAUAUUCCAUGUUCCAGAUAGAUGCACUCUCAACCACUAAGGAAACUGUAGGACUGAAAGGACGUGGUAAUUCAGGGCAAUACGGCCAAAAACUCCACACAAAAAUCGAAUCAGUAAAUAUUGCCAUCUUGUAUCCAGUCCUCUUAGCACAGUACAGAGUGGCAGUCCAUUUGGAGCGUGGUAAUCACUUGAAGAGUUAAAGGCAUCCAGUAGUAAUGGGUCUACUAGUCGACCACAGGAAUUGGCCUUUUUAGAUGCAGGGAACUUAAACAGUGUUAGCAGAACAAGCAGUGUGUUCUUCAUGCGUUGCCAGGGACCAAGGGAGGGUAAAACAAGGAUACUGUUUUAAAACAUUGCUCCAUCACCGUACACUUAGAAUGGGUACAGCCGAGACCUCUGUGUAAAACAAACGCGUGGUGUGCACCGGCAGCCAUAUUUAGACAACUGAUUAACAAUCUGAAUUUCCACCAGAAUUCUGUGCCAGGUCAGAAUUCGGUGCCUUCCUGUAGCGUGUUUAUCCAGGCUUGUAUGUCUGAGGCGUGAAGGGCUGUCCGCUCCGUUGUACCCUUUCGAACUGUACACUGCUGGGUGUAGCUGAGCCUUGGUCUCUGUUCUAAAUGAUAGGUUUAACAGAUGUAAUUAUAAUGUAAGCUGGCACACAAUGUUGAUGUAGGCUCCAGGUGUUUUUACCAAAAUCUUUUUUUUUUUUUCUUCAUUUUUUUUUUCUGUUUGUGCUGUUUUUUUUAUUAUAUAUUAUAUAUAUAUAAAUAUAUAUAUAAAAAAAAAAGGUUACUUUCACUCCUUUUCCAUUAGGGGUCGGAACUCAUCUGAACUCUUACCUGCCAGUUUAUACCAAGAAAACCUGUGAUUGGUUUAGUCAAAUAAAAACCUCCAAUGGCAGAGAGACUGUUUUGGUUAAGAUUAUUUGUGAUUGGUUGUUUUUCUUUACUGGUGGCUUAGAGUUGGGUCGACGUCCAGCCCAAGUCAGUAUAAUUAUUAUAACCUGUUGUUGUUUUGGUGCAAAACCAAAUGCUUUGUCUAAAGUCUUUGUUCUUUGUAUAUGCAUUCUUUUCAAAAAUAUUAAACUUAUACCUUAAUUGCCUUUA